GAGGUGUGUUUGGUUGUUAUUUCUUUGUUUCUCAUGAUUCCAUAUGUUUUUCUCAGAAUGGAGUGAUUCCAUAUAUAUUUCCCUGCACUUGCUCUAUAAAAGUAACAUUUACUGACCACCAUAAUGUUUUUAUUCAUUUCUUUUAGUGUUUCUGAAUGCUAAAGAGUUGGACUUUUGAACUAAUUCAUUAUUUUUUCAAGCUUUUUAUCUGAGGUUGUUCUACAUGAUAAAAUGUCUGAGUGAGUGCUCGUUCGAGACUGGUGAUUUCAUACUUUUUGCUAGGGGUUGUAAUGUGGCUCUGAAAUCAGAAGGCUCCGUCAGUGAACACUCAUCAUUUUUUUUUUUUUUUACAAAUUAUAAACACAUAUGAAUCAAGCUUGGAAUACAUACUUUCUGAAGAAAGAAGUCCUCAGAAUGCCUGCAUGUCCUGGUGGAGUUCACCACCAGUCUUCUCAUGCUUUCUCUAAUGUAGCUUCAAAAGAGCCUAAGGAGCCUGCAGUCUCCAGGGAGGAAGUCAUUUGUGAUUAAAGCAAAAAUUGAAAUCACUACAUGUGCUUCUUACCCCCUUUUUUCUUUUAUUGUACAACGGAACAUUUAGUUGGUGUGGAAUUUUAGAUGAGCAUAGAAAUCCUGAUCUUUUACAAUAGUGUAGGAACACAAAGUCCAAUCGAAUGUUUGCAGGGAUUCUAAUUUUUAUUUUUUUUAGAUUUAUCAGUACUUGAUUUUGAUUAUUUAACAUCAAUAGCACAUUUAAAUUUCAUUUCAAGUAUUACGUCAAUACAGUAUAUUUUAUUGUCAAAAAUCACGUAGUGUACCAAUUUGUGUGAUGAGCAAUGUUGUCCCUUUCAUGAUAACCGGUUUGCUUAGUUUACAGUUGUGGUCUAUAAUUUUAAAGGACCAUUGAGGACAGCUAGAAGUUAAACAAACAUGAUGUGCCCUAUCUUCAGGCUUUCACAUUUUAAUUUCAUAUUUUAUUGACAUUUAAAUCUGCAGCAUGGUGGUUGAGUGUGUAGCACGUCUGCCUCGCAGCUCUGAGAUCAAGGGCUUACACCAUAGAUUUAGUGCUGCAAUGAUUAAUCGAUUAAAUCGAGUAAUUGGAUUAGAAAAAAUCUUCUAAUCACAUUUUGCUGCUUUCAGUAUUUGUUGCCUGGCACGGCCAGACUGUUGUCCCUGUAUUUUCCAAACACUGUGAAAAUAGUCUGGGACCCAGGCCAUCAACGGCCUGUCGAGCAAGUACAAAAUCAUCCGUCCAAUCAGAUUUGUUUAUUUGCGUGAGGUGUUCUUAUUGAGCAACGUCACUCUUGAGCGCCGGAAGUCGUCUCCACAAAAACACAGAUGGCGAACGGGAGAGUCGAGAAUAUGUUCCAAUCCGCGGUAAAUUCAGUUUUAAAUUACCAAAAACACAUCGACACAAGUCAUUGACAACAGUCUGUCUCGCGCUAGCCAUGUUGAAUAACCUCUGCUCUCUUCGUGUGUUUACUUCCGCGCGCAAGUCCCUCAUCGCUUUACUAACGUCACAUCCUCCCGUCACUGAUUGGUCCACUCCGCUGUCUGUUUGCUGUGGCUUGCUCCGCCCUGGAAAUUUUAUUCGCCGAAUGGUGGCUCAAUAGCGACUCAAUAGCUGGGACAGCGAUGAGUCUGGUGUACCAAGCUAAAGUAAUUUAGGCUUUGUAAUGGUUUGUUUUGAAAGUGUUUGCAUGUAGUUUUAUUGAUUUGGGUGUCAAACUGAGAUGACAAGGCGGACUCAGCUGGCAGUACCGGCAAACAACUUUUUUUUUUAGAAAACAAAAGUUCUUCCGCUGGCAUGCGGGAAUGAGGCAAAGAUCAAACAUAAAAAACUCCAAAUGGAGGAAAAAUCCAACACAACUAAGAUCAAAAAUUCAAACACAAAGCACUCCAAAUGGAGGAUAAUACCUAGACAACUGUGAUUACUAAAAAACAAGGCUGACGUGAUCAACAUGGGUUGUAAAACACUUCUGCAUGAGAUAAGGGAAACUCAGGCAAUAUAUACACAUGAGGUAAUGGGCAACAGGUGGAAACAUAGGCGAUUAGGCGACAUGAGCAAGGGCAGGUACAAAGACAAGAGGAGGGUGAAGCCUUCAGAAUAAAACAGGAAAUGACAUGACAUGACAUUGGGUGGAUACACCACCAUGUAGUGGCAACAGUGAAUAUGACAUAACUCAUUUAACAUGGCUGAAUCCAGCUGCUCCCUGUUAAGACCAACAUAAGGCAGGUUUUUGUUUGAGCUAAAAUGUUGUUUUAUGCAUUCGUAAUUUAUAGUUAUAUUUAGCCAUCUCUUUUGGGAAUAUGUGUUUGAACGAUUUGUUAAGAGCAUUGGAAAAAACAAAGAUAAGCAUUUAAGAUAGUGGACUUUUGCCAUGCAAGUUAGCCAAUUUUUGUCUUGUACUUAGAUCCUUAUUCAUUCAUUAUUAUUUUUUUUUCAUACCAUUUCAGACUAAGAUCAGGUAUUUUAAUUUAUUUUUAAAUGAAAGUGCAUUUUUGCAUAGUUUGAAGAAAUGCUCUGGAAUAUUAUUUUGUAUUCGCAUUUAACACUCUUUUGAAAGUGCAAUCGAAGCACGCAUUUGUUUUAUCUUCUAAAAUUUGUUCCUAAUUCGAUUACUCGAUUAUUCAAACUAACUCUAAGAGAGAGUAAUCGAUUACUAAAAUAAUCAAUAGCUGCAGCCCUAUUUGCAGGUUCUCCCCAUAUCUGCCUGGGUUUCCUCUGGGUACUCCGGUUUCCAAUACCAAAUCCCAAAAACAUGCAUGGUAGGUUACAUACCAAAUUUUUCUUUGGGUGUAAAUGUGAAACCAUGAAGAGUUGUUUGUCUCCUUAUUCCCUGUGAUUGGCUGGCAAUGAGUUCGGGGUGUAUCCCGCCUGGCGCCCUUCGCUGGGAUAGGCUUCAGCACCCCGCAAGACUCAUGAGGUUUAACUGGUACGGAAAAGGAAUGAAAGAAUGACAACAACAAAAUUGAAUGCGAUUUUCACUUUUUAAGGGGCCAAGAAUACUGUUAUUUUUUUUCUAGAGGUGCUGUCUACACGCUAACUAGCUGUUUGGGAGGCAUGCACGGAGAAAACCUUUCCUCACUCAAAAUCAUAAACGCAAACGACUGGAGUUCGCCAAGCGGUAUUGGGGCUUCAACUGUGACCGUGUGCUUUGGUCAGAUGAGACCAAGAUUGAGCUUUUUGGCAACAAACACUCUAAGUGGGUCUGGCGUGCCACGAAAGAUGUGCAUGCUGAAAAGCACCUCAUACCCACUGUGAAGUAUGGGGGUGGGUCAGUGAUGCUGUGGGGCUGUUUCGCUUCCAAAGGCCCUGGGAACCUUGUUAGGGUGCAUGGCAUCAUGAAUGCUUUGAAAUACCAGGGCAUUUUAAAUCAAAAUCUGUUGCCCUCUGCCCGAAAGCUGAAGAUGGGUCAUCACUGGGUCUUUCAGCAAGACAAUGACCCUAAACAUAUGGCCAAAUCUACACAAAAAUGGUUCUCCAGACACAAAAUCAAGCUCCUCCCAUGGCCAUCUCAGUCCCCAGAGCUUGUUUUGUUGGCAAAAGGGGGUUGUACAAAGUAUUAAUACCAGGGGUGCUAAUAAUUGUGACACACAUUAUUUGAUGUCAAAUAUUUUUUUCUUUAUGUGGGAUUUUUCCCCCACUGCAUGAAUGCACUUGUAUUGAAGGUUGGAUUUUUCUCUUUUUUUCCAUUAAGGUCCCAUAAUAUUUGAAUAAAAACAAUAUUAGAAGCUAAAAAACACAUCUUAACCAGGGGUGCCAAUAAUUAUGGAGGACACUGUAUGUGGUGUACAAAUAGCCAUUUGUCGCAAUGUAGUAACCAUGAGUUCCCAAAGGCGAGAAAAAGAGGUGGACUACACAGACAAUGAGUAAAGUUCUUUUCAGGGGUGCCAAUAAUUAUGAAGGGCACUGUAAAAAAAGCAGGCUGGAGUUUGUGAAAACUUACCUGAGAAAGCCAAAAAUGUUUUGAAAGAAUGUUCUCUGGUCAGAUGAGACAAAAGUAGAGCUUUUUGGGAAAAGGCAUCAACAGAGAGUUUACAGGAAAAAAAAAAAACAAAAAAACGAGGCCUUCAAAGAUAAGAACGCGGUCCCCACACUCAAACAUGGUGGAGGUUCCCUGAUGUUUUGCGGUUGCUUUGCUGCCCCUGGCACUCAACUGCUGGACUGUGUGCAUGAAGUCUGAAGACUACCAACAAUUUUUGCAGCAUAAUGUAGGGCCCAGUGUGAGAAAGCUGUGUCUCCAUCAGAGACACAUGAGAGAAAUCACUGGAAACUUCUUAAGUGGCCAGCAAUGAGUCCAGACCUGAAUCCCAUAGAACACCUAUGGAGAGAUCUGAAAAUGGCAGUUUGGAGAAGCCAACCUUCAAAUCUCAUAUACCUGGAGCAAUUUGCCAAAGCGUUUGUUCGCAGUUAUUUUGUCUAAAGGUUGUGCUACCAAGUAUUGGGCUGAGGGUGCCAAUACUUUUGUCCGGCCUAUUUUUUGAGUUUUGUGUAAAAUGAUAAUAAUUUGAUUUUUUUUUCAUUCUCUUUUGUAUUUUUUCAUUGCAAGCAAAAUAAAUGAAGAUAUUACUACCAGAGCAUUUUUAAUUGCAAUCAUUUUCUGGGAGAAAUUGAGCAUUAUCUGACAGAAUUGCAGUGGUGUCAAUAAUUUUUAAAAGUCAUAAAAGUCUUGAACCCACGGACAUCGCUGGUGAUGCUUUUACAAGGCAUCUACAGUAGCUGCAUUAUAUUUUUAGAAGCAUUAGCAUUAAUAUGAGCAGCUAACAUUUCCUAAAAGACAUCAGUAUUCAUCCUGUCACUUUUGUCAGCAGUCACAUUGUCAAUUCAUACAAGGAAUGGGUUCAACUGGCAGCCAACAUUUGUAUGCCAUUGAACCACUGGUUAGCCUAUUGUCCUUUGGUAAUGCCUCCUGCAUUUCAUUUGAUAUUCUUGAUGUUAGGGCAGAUGAUUUUUGCUAUGUUGUUAUCAAAAUCCAACAUACAUUUACAAUAGAGUACCUUUACUUGGAAGUCCUUCCAGUUAAAAUGGUUUGAACUAGUGCUGCAACGAUUAAUCGAUUAACUCGAGUAUUUGAUUAGAAAAAAAAUAUCCGAAUUAAAUUUUGUUGCUUUGAGUAUUCGUUUAAUUAAAAAGGCGUUGUAAUGUUUAUUUUGAAAGUGUUUGCAUUUAGUUUUAUUGAUUAGGGUGGAUACACUGCCCUGUGGUCUGCCUCUUUUCACAUGGCUGAAUGCAACUGCUCCCUGUUAGGACCAACGUAAGCUAAAUUUUUGUUUGAGCUAAUGUUUUUUAAUGCAUUCAUAAUUUAGUUUAUAGGUAUGUUUAGCCGUUUUUUUGUGGUAAUAUGUGUCUGAACCAUUUGUUUAAGAGCAUUGUAAAAAAAAAAAACAGGGAUUUUAUAGCAUUUAAGCUAGCGGACUUUUUCUAUGUAAAUUAGCCAAUUGGUCUUUUGUUGUACAUCGAUCCUCAUUUAAAAAAAAAAAAAAAAAAUACCGUUUGAGGCUCAGCUCAGGUAUUUUAAUUUUUCAUGUUCCUUAUCCGAUAACUCGAUUAUUCGAACUAACUAUUUCAUCGAUUACUGAAAUAUUCGAUAGCUGCAGCCCUAGUUUGAACGUCAAUUACUGUCAAUGGCAGCCAAGGAAGCGAAAGCAAACAUUUUAUCAGGUAUCACAAAACUUAGUUUGUCUUCAGUAUCAUAGCUAAUAAAUAUGAGCAGUUAUAUAGUUUGUUAUCGUGACAGGGAUUAAGAUUUAAAGAAAGCCUAGUUGCAAAUAAAUUGUUGCAAAAAUCAUAUAUUCAUAGAACCAUGUGAAUAAGAAUUGCUCUGAGAUUGGAGCUUUUUCAAUCCUAUUCUGGGAGAGAAAUGGAAUUGAACAUUAUUAUUGUUACCGCACGGGCAUGAACACGGGACCGUUCCUGUAACGUCACAUCAUAUUUUUGUCUCCGUGACUUCAUCCUCUUGCAGUUAAGUGAGGACAAAAUUCACUGCUAUGCCAGUGCCGACAAGAGUGGUCACAGCGCACAACGAAUGACAAAGUGUGCUUAAUGGGAACAGAGACAUUUUCAGUCAGCUUUCGGUGCUACCGCGUCGCUCUGUCUUAAGGCUGGAUCGAGGGGGUUGCCGCAUAUAAAUGAAUCUGUGAUGUAAACGGCAGGCUGACCGAGUCAUGGAUUAACUAAUGCAGCGGUGGUGGGAUGCAUAACAUCAUUAGGCGAGUUGUUGUUCGAUUCACAUGCUUCUCUAGAGUGAUUCUUAUGGAUCGGCUGGAGCUGGAAAUCUGUGUUUUUCAGUCAAACCCCCUCAGUGUUUGGAUUCUGACAUCACACUGAUGACAGAAACUAGGGCAGAGACUGCGUUGUUGCCGGAGCGGAUGUCGUCGGUCGAGUCUCCGAUGUAACCUUCACAUUGCUCUCAGCAGCUGGUGUCUGGACGUGGAGCUGUCCGUGGUUCUGAAGGUCGGAGUAGCUGUUUUGUUUGUCAGGAGAGCUGCAGACAGCCCGUCUUUCAGAGUGAUUGAAUUGUGUUUCUCUAAGCGGCACAAUGGGUGAUGUGGGUAUGCAACUUGUGCCGAAAACAACAAGAAAUCCUCACCAAAUCGGGGGCAUGGUUUUAUGGCUCGGUGCCUGGUCAGGUGCGUUCUGUUUUUGAAGGCGGGCCACAAGGGAAGAAGGCCAAACUGCAAGACCCCUCACUUUACCCCUACCAGGGAUCCUCAGGGGACUUGACACCAACGUCAGAUAGAAGCAGACGUCACGGCGGGCUCUUGCCCAGACAGGCGUCCCUUGACAACGGCUCGCUGAGGUACUCUGGACAUGGCGAUGCACCCAUAGACAGGAGACGAAGUCCAUCUGCAUCCAGGGAUCCAAACCAAAAAUACGACCAAAGGGAGGGGGGCGACCAUUCACAGUAUGCCCCGACAGACGGAAGCAUGCCCAGAUCACCGUCUGACUAUGGGGAUGGCGACCCUCGGCGGGCUCCGCGGGGCCCACACUUGUAUCCAGACGUAAAUGCAGCAUGGAUUGGCUACAGAGACCGCCAGGGUCCUGGACGCUGGCACUCCCAAGAAUACCCUCUGGACCAGGAGCUAGAUGGGCCACACAAUGAUUAUGAGCUCCAGAGACAGCGACAGGAGGAGUUCCAGACACGCUAUCGCAGCGACCCCAACCUGGCACGCUAUCCUGUUAAGCCACAGCCCUAUGAAGAGCAGAUGAGAAUGCACGCGGAGGUGGGCCGCCUAAGGCAUGAGCGGCGUCAUAGUGAUGUCUCGUUAGCUUACACUGAGCAGGAUGAACCGGCGCCAAUCCGGCUGUCACGUCAACAUCUCACUGAGCGCCGUCCGCCUAUGGUGGGACAGCGGUCUUACUCUGUUGACCGCUCCUCGCCGGGGCCCAUGGGUCCUGGCCUCGGUGGCCACAGAACAUCAAACCAUAGCCCCCCAACACCCCAUCGCAGUCCUGUGCUAGGUGACCGAUCCGGAGAUCUGCGGAGAAGUGACAUGGGCGGAGUAGGGGACUCUAUGAGGAGACAACAACAUCAUUUGGACCCCAACUCUGCUGUCCGCAAGAGCAAGAGGGAGAAGAUGGAAAGCAUGUUGAGAAAUGACUCGCUGAGCUCGGAUCAAUCGGAGUCUGUGCGUCCUCCACCCCCCAAACCUCACAAAACUAAAAAGGGAGGGAAGAUGCGGCAGGUGUCACUAAGCAGCUCAGAGGAGGAGCUGGCAACUACGCCGGAGUAUACCAGCUGUGAGGAUGUGGAGAUAGAGAGUGAGUCAGUCAGCGAAAAAGGGGACAGUCAAAGGGGAAAAAGAAAAACAAUUGAGCAGGCAUUUAUGUCUGAACCGGCACACACCUUAUCUGAGAGGCAAAAGAAAAUGGUGCGCUUUGGGGGACACUCAUUUGAAGAGGACUUGGCGUGGUGUGAACCGCAAGUUAAAGACUCAGGAGUUGAUACGUGCAGUAGCACUACCCUAAAUGAGGAGCAUAGCCAUAGUGAGAAGCAUCCGGUGACGUGGCAGCCGUCCAAAGACGGGGAUCGCCUAAUAGGGCGCAUUUUGCUCAAUAAGAGAAUGAAAGAUGGAAGUGUGCCUCGAGACUCAGGAGCCCUGCUUGGUCUUAAGGUGGUAGGAGGAAAGAUGACAGAAUCUGGUAGACUUUGUGCUUUCAUCACUAAAGUGAGAAAAGGAAGUCUAGCUGAUACUGUCGGGCACCUCAGACCAGGUGACCAGGUGCUGGAAUGGAAUGGAAGACUUUUACAAGGAGCUACAUUUAAAGAAGUUUACAAUAUAAUUCUAGAAUCCAAGCCUGAACCCCAAGUGGAACUGGUGGUCUCACGGCCAAUUGGAGAUAUUCCAAGGAUACCAGACAGCACACAUGCACAACUGGAAUCAAGUUCAAGUUCUUUUGAAUCCCAAAAGAUGGAUCGCCCGUCCAUUUCUGUCACCUCCCCUAUGAGUCCCAACAUGCUGAGGGAUGCCCCCCAGUACUUGUCAGGACAGCUUUCAAGCCAAAGCCUUAGUAGAAGAACACCGCCUAUUCCCCCUAGGGUCCAGGUCAAACUCUGGUAUGACAAAGUUGGCCAUCAACUAAUAGUUACCAUACUGGGAGCCAAAGACCUGCCACCUAGGGAGGAUGGUCGACCCAGGAAUCCUUACGUGAAAAUCUACUUCCUCCCUGACAGAAGUGACAAAAGCAAGAGGAGAACAAAAACAGUAAAGAAAUCCUUAGAGCCAAAAUGGAACCAGACCUUCAUGUAUUCACCGGUGCAUCGGCGGGAGUUUCGGGAGCGCAUGUUGGAGAUUACGUUGUGGGACCAAGCUCGAGUAAGGGAAGAGGAGAGUGAAUUCCUGGGAGAGAUACUAAUUGAACUGGAGACAGCUCUUUUGGAUGACGAACCUCACUGGUACAAGCUCCAGACCCAUGACGUUUCCUCCAUCCCACUCCCGCGCGCCUCCCCUAACACCCAACGUAGGCAGCUUCAUGGAGAAAGCCCAACGCGGCGGCUUCAGAACAAAGGCUCAUAUUCAUACUCAGGAUCCCAGAGGAUAAGUGAUGGCGAGAUCUCUGACUAUGAUUGUGAAGAUGGUGUCGGGGUAAUAACAGACUACCGACCGAAUGGCAGGGACUUCCAGAGCUCCACGCUGUCUGUCCCAGAUCAGGUGAUGUCUUCUAACCACUGUUCCCGGUCGGCUGAAAUACAUCGAGCACGUUCACGCUCCCCAAGUGUUCCCCCACCUUCCAGCCGAAACCAGCGUGUGUACCCAAUCUGCCGCGAGGAAGCAGUCAGGUUACUGCGUUCCACUAGGAUGUCCCGUGCCUUUUCUGAGGGCGCCUACUCUUCUGACUAUGACUUCGAGAGGAACCACGGAGCCAUGGAUAGACACGAGUAUCACAGCAGGUCCCGUUCUGCAGACCAGCGGCCCACAAUAGAACGCCCCGCAUCCCGAUCACGCUCCACCGAACGCCCCCACGACUCAUCGAUGAUGAGGUCCAUGCCGUCUCUACCAUCCGGGAGGUCAGCCCCUCCCUCACCUGCCAUGACGAGGGCGCACCCUCGAAGCGGAUCGGUCCAGACUAGCCCAAACAGUACGCCAAUGUCCCACAGACGAGGUCGGCAACUCCCUCAGCUUCCAUCCACAGGGAAGGACAGAAAAGAUGGAGACGAAGGAACCGAGCCUUGUGGAGGUAUUGACAUGGAGGAGAGGACCAGGCAGAUGAAGAUGAAGAUGAACAAGUACAAGCAGGGAGCAGGCUCCGACUCACGGCUAGAGCAGGACUACCACAAGCAUUCCGGCAGGGAUCCACGGGGCUCAGAUAACCUCUCCGCCAAGUCAUCUGACAGUGAUGUUAGCGACGUGUCCGCUGUGUCGAGAACCAGUAGCGCCUCUCGGUUCAGCAGCACGAGCUACAUAUCUGUCCAGUCUGAAAGGCCGCAAGGAAACCGCAAAAUCCGCCAUUUGCUAUCAAGGAGCCAGUCGCAGGAGGGGGAUGAGCAUUUAGAUGAAGUUCUAGAAGAGGAAGAGACAGACAGGAGAGGUGAAGGGAAAGGGGUCAGUAAAGAGGGGGUUGUGCAGGGAGAGCAGAAGGGAUCAGGGGACAGAGUAGAAAAAGACAAGCAGCAUCAUGAAGAAAUGAUGAACGAAGACGACUUGCACCAGAGGAGUAUCUCAGAGACUGACCUCAGGCAGAUGGGCUCAACGGGCGGCGUGAAUAUGACUAAGAGCACCAGCAUCAGCGGUGACAUGUGUAACCUGGAAAAGACAGACGGCAGCCAGUCGGACACUGCGGUCGGUACGGUAGGCACUGACGACAAGAAGAGGCGCUCCAGCAUUGGUGCCAAAAUGCAGGCCAUGGUUGGCAUGUCACGCAAGAGCCGGAGCACCUCUCAACUCAGCCAAACAGAAGCGGGAGGCAAGAAGUUGCGCAGCACUAUCCAGAGGAGCACAGAAACAGGCCUAGCGGUGGAAAUGAGGAGCAGAAUGACUCGUCAGGCCAGCCGAGAAUCCACAGACGGGAGCAUGAAUAGCUACAGCUCUGAGGGAAAUCUCAUCUUCCCUGGUGUGAGGUUGUCCUCAGAAGCUCAGUUUAGUGACUUCCUAGAUGGGCUCGGGCCCGCACAGCUAGUUGGACGACAGACACUGGCUACACCGCCAAUGGGCGACAUCCAAAUUGGCAUGGUGGAGAAGAAAGGAGCACUGGAGGUUGAAGUCAUCAGAGCUCGUGGCCUUGUAGGAAAACCAAGUUCCAAGGCACUGCCAGCACCAUAUGUUAAGGUCUAUCUUUUGGAAAAUGGAGUCUGCAUAGCCAAAAAGAAAACAAAAGUAGCAAGAAAAACCUUGGAUCCUCUUUACCAGCAGCAACUGCCGUUUGAGGAAAGUCCAGGAGGAAAAGUUCUACAGGUGAUUGUCUGGGGCGACUACGGACGCAUGGACCAUAAGUCUUUCAUGGGAGCAGUUCAGAUACUGUUAGAUGAGCUGGACCUGUCCAACAUGGUGAUUGGCUGGUUCAAGCUUUUUCCUCCCUCCUCGCUGGUGGACCCAACUCUGGCCCCCCUGACAAGAAGAGCUUCCCAGUCCUCACUGGACAGUUUCUCACGGUCAUAGCAGCGUGCGGACUCGAUAGCGUUGUUGUAGCAGCCAGUGUUGCGAUGACAGGUCACACCCCCCGGUUACACUGCAUGCUUGAUGUUGUGUCUUCUGAGCCUGUUUCUAGGGGAGCAAAAGUGAUCCUGUGUUUUGAGCAAAAACGUUGCACAUCUAGUGCACGUGGCGAAGCGCAUCGCAAGCGCCAGGCGGCCAGGAUUGCCAGGCGAUGUGUUGUUGCUGUUGGGAGGAAACUGGAAUGAACUCCUUAGCACGAGGAAUCUGUCAUUUCCAGGUUUUCAUCCAAUUCGAAGCCAUGGGGGUCAGUACUGGGAACCGCUAAACCAGUUCUACAGAAACCCUUUUUCGAAUGAAAAAUCAAUGUUUGGCUUUGAUUUCAUUUUUAGGUUUGUUUUUAAUUUGUUUCUUUUUCCUGUUGUUGUUGUUUUUUUUGUUUUUUUUUAUGUCUUAAGGGGGUGACAGUGGUUUUCACCAGAUGCUUGGUCAUGCCCUGCCAAUAGGCCGAGCUGUAGGUGAGGUUUUUGGAGACCAUGAGGUUUAUCUCAGCUUGAAUUCACACUUCCCCAAAUCCUGAGAGAAAAUAGCCUGCAGACUCUCAGUUUAUGUGCUCAACCAAACUGUGCUGGAAAGUCACCAAGCAGCAUCAAUCAGAGGCAAUAUUGCAAUGACUACAAAUCAUCAAUAAUGAGUGAGCAAAGCCCCUGUGAAAAGAUGUGCAAUCUACCAUCUUGGUUUCUAUCUUUCUUUCAAUUUUAAUAUACAGUAUUGUAUGAAAAAUGUCUGAGAAAAAUAUAUUUUCCCUUUUUAGUUAAUUUGCAUGAAUACAAAUUUAGCUCAGUACAAUUUUUUUUCUUGAGGCUGUAACUUACAAAAAGAUGAAGAAAAACAAGUAAAACAGAUCAGCCAUUUUCAACAAUUUCUAUGAUUUCUAAAGAUACAUUUCACUAGUGCAUGAUUUUCAAGGGGAGUGAAUGCAACAUCAUGAUUAAGAUAAAAGUCAUCGCUUAUCAAUCUUUAGACCAUUCAUGAGUCAGUAAGAUAAGGGAAACAAAAGGAACAUUUUCGGAUAUUUAACAGAUAAGAUUUUAUGACAAAAAAAGUGAUAAUGAGAAUAAAUGUAAAUGAUUUAUUUCAUCGUUUUAAAAAAAGGCUCGGAUAAAGAUUAUGUGAAAAUCUCUUAUUCCUUCUCUCGGAGUACUUCACAUUGUACUUUUCACUUCUACCAUUGUCCCCUUAUUGUGUCCAGAUUUGGCCUGGUCCAAAUCUGGUUAUUUUACAGUCCUUUAUUGUUUGGGUAUGCAUUUCAGUUCAAUUUUAUUUCUUUAACAAGCAUGUUGAAAAGGAUUCUCUGCAACAUGGCUUGGGCACACCUUAAAGUAACUCAGCAUGUUUUGAUAUAAGAUGAUAUUUGGAAUUUUUGCAGUUUCUUGUACAGUGCAUGUCAACGUCAUUCAUUUUUCUUCCUCACGUUGAAUUCAGCCUUCCACUAAAUUCGUUUCCAGUCAUCCAAUGACCAAUUAUUGAAGUUUUUAACAAAACAUUCCACUCCUAAGGUCAUAUUUUUUUGAAGACAUUGAAGAAAAACAGUGACAAGGAAAAUAUUUUCUACUAAAUAGGGGUUGAGAAGUAGAGAUUACAAGUGUAUUUUAUUUCAGUAUUGUUGACAAACAUGCAAAAAUAUUCUGUAUUGGUACAGCAAAAGGUCUAUACUACUACGUACGUAAUCAAAAGGCAGCAAACCUGCAAAAAGAAGCGUUGCUGGAGUACAAUACAAGCACUGUUUAAGAGAUGAACUCAUCACGAGUUCAAAUGACAUGGAAUAUUGCCACAGAAAAUGUUUUUUCUUGUUUCAAUGAAAAUGACAUUAUUUGAUAUAUUUUUGUUAGUUUUCUUUUAAAAGCCAAGACCUGAUUAUUUUUUAUUUUCUAUUUUUAGUAGUUUUAAAAACGUCUCAUGUAUGGGAGGUAUAUGAAUCGUAUAGCUGCAGUAUGUCUGAAUGAAAAUGAACUGGGGCAUUAUUCCUUUUCCACACGGAGAAAAUGAAUUUUAAUGUCCAAGGAUUUUUUGUCGCUGUAACAAGCUACAGUAUAUAUAUAUUUGACUUUUUUGAUUUCCAUUGUACAUACAUACAUAGAUGUCAGAAUUUAAAUGAACACAAAAUACCGUGACGACACUCUUCUGGAGCAGGAAAAAUGCCUCACAUGAUGAAAAAGACAUGUUAUUUAUCCUUUUGAAUGCCUUUUAAUUUUCUCUUUUUUUGUGCAAUGUGUUAAUGCCAAGGCUAUGUCUUGGUUAAGUAUGGUUGAGAACAGAGAUUU